CGCAAAAUUGAAUUAUUUAUUAUUCGGUUCGUUUGUAAAACACAAUUAUUCGGCGGCCGAAUGUCAACUGUCGACGUCUUUUUUGGUAUCAGCUCGAAUCGGUGCGGUCCUGCAAAUUCACAUAUUUAAAGCUAAAAAAAUUCACUAUCAUACUUUCCUGAUUUCUUAACAGGCAGUUGUGUCGCAGCGUCGAUAUUGUACGGUCUGAUUUUAAACAUUUAUUAAGAUUUUUUUAACGUUUCGUCGCGCACCGACGGACGCCUCCCGUGGAAGUUUUUUCGUACGUGUCAACGUAAUUCUUACAAAUGGGCGCCCAAGCCCCGCCCGUUGCAAGCACCAUAGUCCAGACAAAAUGUUCGCCGUGAUGCAAAUCGACGAAGACACAAGGGACUUCAGGCGUAAACUGCGCCCAAAAUGCGAGUUCGUCUGCAAGUAUUGCCAACGUCGGUUCACCAAGUCCUAUAACCUGAUGAUUCACGAGAGGACCCACAAGAGCCCGGAGCUGUCUUUCAGUUGCGAGGUCUGCGGGAAGAGUUUCAAAAGGCAGGACAAUUUGCGUCAGCACAGAUGUAGUCAAUGCUUGUGGCGGUGAAGGUGAUGGAGUUAGCACGAUCCAACUACAGCGGUCUCUUACACAAUAGAAGAAAUCCAUACAUCCAACAAGGAGACCGCGUGCUUGCGAUGGUGAUACCUACACCAGUUAAACGCUUUAUAUAGGAUUUCAGUGUUUCAGUAUUGUAUCACCACAUUAAAGGCGAAAAGUUUUGUUAUUGAAACACAAACAUGUUUCAAACACAAACCGCGUCAAUCAAUGUCCCGUUUUCAGCCCUCUAACUAAAGCCUCUACAAGUGAUCGUUCGACUUUUGCUUAGAGGGUACUAAGCGGGGACAAUGUAUAUAGAAUAAAAUUAUUCAUUAUAUUUAAAUUGUGUUAAUCGCAAUGUUAUCAGUUAACAUUAUAGAGCUUUGUUAUUGAAUUUAGACAAAGUUGUACACUAUAUUUGCUUGAAGAACACAAUAAAUAUGUAAACGCAAAAAUAUUAGAAGUACGUACUUCAUAACAUCAUCAUAACGUUAUGAUAAUGUUCAUACCAGUAGUGGAAAUUUUACAUGCAACCUUGUCUAAAUAAAUUCACAUCGAAAAAGUAUUCUGGUGAUUUGUAAAUAGUAUUUAUUAGUUGUAAUAGCAUUUAAACUUAACUGCUUAGCUAUUUUAUGUAAAUUAAUAUUUAUGUUUUAUUUUAGCUUCUUAUACGUAGAACGUACGGGAUAAUUGGUCUAGAAUUUUCUAAGGCGAGAUGAGCUUUUAGGCUUUAUAUAACGCACGUUCCUAAAACCAUGCUUGAUACCUAUCAAAACUACUACACUUCGCUGAAGUAGCAAAGUUGUAGGUAGUUUUUUAACUGUCUUAACACAGAGUAUAUAAAUUAUUGUUUAUAUAUAGAAUGUCAUAAGACUUUAUAUUCUAAACCCUAAGCAAAUAUUCGAUGUGCCAAUAUUUGACAGAUGUCAUUUAGCCAUAUUAAACGAAUUAGUUUUGUAGUGUAUAAAAUUAAUAAUUCAGAAUGUUACUAUUUACAUAUGUAUUCCAUCGUGUAGAUGUAUAACAAUAAAUGA